GAAAGCCCUCUUCAAGUUAGUAUUGGAAAAUGCAAAUGAAAUUUGUUUUUAAAAUAGUCGUUUUCAGUAAUUAUGAUUUCUCAUUAAAUGAACUACAUCUCAAUUACCAAUUCAUAUUCCUAAUUUAUUCCUAAUCCAGCCAUGGCACAGAAUGCAUCCAGAGAGGUCAGACAAGUUGGGGACGCCGUACUUUUGCACCCUGCCAGGACAAGAGGAGAUAUGAUAGAUGCUCGCUGGAUAAAAGCAAACAAGAAGAUUUCUAACUCUAGCGAAUGUGUGAUUUUUGAAAACGGGUCACUGCUAAUAGAAACAGCCAAUAGAAGUCACACAGGAAAUUAUACAGUGGAAUUGUUUCAGCCUUCUGGCCGUAGGAUUUCGAAAACCGACAUUGAGCUCAUCAUAAUAGACGCCGUUUCCCAGCCAGAGAUCCGCUCUUCCUGCACAUUAGACGGACAUACCCUUCUGGCCAGCAGGACCACUGUCCGAAGGUGCAGAGGUCGCAUUCCUGUGUGCAUCGCGUGUGGGCUGUUCUUCAGUGUUCUGGUAUGUUCCUUGGCCUGGCUGAAGUUAUACCGGACGCCAACAAGGCACAGUGUAGACACAGAGAACAUCUACCUUUCCAUGCAGGGGUUCCAAGAGAGGAGACCUGAACAUCGAGAAGUGGAGGUGGACAACAACAUUUACGUUACCUGUGAAUCUCUACAAGCCAUCCUGGCAGACACAAGCAAAGUUACAUAGAAAACAGUGACAACCUCUCCCUGAAGUUAUUGAGUGUAAAAACAGAAACAAAAGGGUUCAAAUGAGCUGCAUAUCUGCUAUAUAUUCAUGGUAACACUGCGCUAAACUCUACAUUCUUAAAAGGGAUGUUAUUCUGCAAUUUCUGCAAUAUAAAAAAGGUUCUAUAUUUGGAGCCCACCAUCUGACUUCUGAGGAAUUCCGACUACAGUCAUCAAAAUCAUCCAACAAUCUGUGUUAAUAUGAACAAAUAAACAUUGUGACAUUGAUUUUGAAAUAUUUUAAUCGCAGAAAUAAUGUCACACAUCACAUAAGAAUCACAUCACAAUAACAAAUGCAGACUCAACCAACCUGCAGCCUG